AGCACGGGCACCCAGCAUGCGGGCACUGAUCACACAGAGGACGCUGCUCAGUCUGGUCCUUGGACUCCUGUUUUCAAGUAUGAUGGCUAUGGGCCGCUGCCGGGAAGAUUACCAUGCACUCCUCAGCCAGCUCCAGAAGCAGGCAAACUCCACGCAGGACCCCAGCACACUCCUGGACCCCUAUAUGCGCAUCCAGGGCCUAAACUUCCCUAGGCUGAGAGAGCAUUGCAAGGAACGCCCCGGGGCCUUCCCCAGCAACAAUGCCCUACGGGGGCUGGGCCAGCAGGCCUUUCUGAGGACCCUCGAUGCCACACUGAGCCUUGUCCUGCACAGACUUGCUGCCUUACAGCGGCACCUCCCUGAGGCCCAGGACUUGGAGAAUCUGCCGAUGGCAAGGCAGAACACCCAGGACUUGCAGACACUGAAGAUGGCAAGGCUGAACAUCCAGGGGCUCAGGAACAACAUCUACUGCAUGUCCCGGCUGCUUGGCAGCUCCCAGGAUGCAUCAGAGCCCACUCAGACAGGCCCGGGGACCUCACUGCCACCAACCCCCAUCCCGGAUGCCUUUCAGCGCAAGCUGGAGGGCUGCAGGUUCCUGGACGGCUACCAUCGCUUCAUGCGCUCAGUGGGGCAGGUCUUCAGUGACUGGGGGGAGAGUCCAAGCCGGAGCCGGAGACAUAGGCCCCGCCGGGCCCUGCAGAAGGGGGCCCACAGAACCAGACCCUCCAGCAAAGGCAAGAGACUCACACCCAGGGGCCAGCUACUCCACUAA